AUGGAAACAAGCGGUGAAGGAUGGACUGUAUUACAUAGAAGAAAGGAUGGCUCAGAAGAUUUCUAUCGCACUUGGACAGAAUAUCAACAAGGUUUCGGAGAGCUGUAUGUUGAAUUCUGGCGUGGCCUUGAAGUAAUCCACAGACUGACAGUCGGUGUCACUCUGAGAAUUGAUCUGAUGGCACCAGAUAACAGCAGAGCGUAUGCAGAAUAUGAAGACUUUACUAUUGGAAAAGCGAAUGCUAAGUACGUUAUGUACAUUGGACGAUACAGUGCAACCGCAGGUGACAGGCUGAGUGGUCACAUAGGAAUAAAAUUCUCUACCAAAGAUCAAGAUAAUGGCAUUCAAGGGCAAAAUUGUGCCACACUAUUGACAGGAGCUUGGUGGCAUAAAGCCUGCCAUUAUAGCAACUUAAAUGGCGACUACCGUUAUGGCAGCUCAGGAGACAAGCUAGUGGUCUCGCCAUCGUUCAACGACAAAUCAUCUUUGCAGAAAGUAGAAAUGAAACUAAAGUAA